GGUUUAAUGUUGCAGUUAAUAGUUGCCGAUUGUUGAAACUACACAUUUUGUUUGCCAUCACUUGGUGAAUGUGUAUCCGUUUGUAAAUUUGUUUGCAGUCACCCUAUGUAUGGAAAGCAAAUUAAGUCUCGUUGCGUAUAGAAACCACGGCACACAAGAUGAUGGAACGCGAAAUACAGUCUUCCAGGGAUGAUCCAUUAAUGUAGGUUGUUGAAGGUAACGCUCCACGAUCAUGAAGUUGAACCGAAACGGCCUUCGCUGUUAUCAGAAGAUUGCUAAAACGUACGAGUCGUCGCUACGGUUUGAGGCGUAAAGCAGCCAACUACGAUGGAUGCAACGAAUAAGCAAUACGCCCUGCGAGACAGGGCUGAACUCUCCGUUGCCGUUAAUCAACCUCUGCGUGAUAAUAAACGCAUAAAGUUCACCUGUUUCGACUGCUCUCCUAAGUAUCUUGUCUUUGGGGCCAACUCGGGAAGCCUGUACUUAUACGAACGGUCGACCACUACCUUCCUGGCCCUCGUUCCCAGCCAGCUAGGCGUGAUCGGGAAAGUUUCCAUUUCGCACAAUGAAAAACAGAUCGCCAUCGGCAACCAGGCCGGCUCAAUCGGAGUACUGCUAGAGUUGGAACCGCCCAACGUGCGGGAAAUCCUGAGCACGGACCUAACGCCGACCGGUGACCGGGACUUUCCUGCGUCGGCUUUCGUGACGAGCUUUUGUUGGACGGAGGACGACAAAGAGCUGUACUGCGGCGACUCCAGGGGAAUCGUCUCAUUAAUACAGUUCUCGCUGUUUAUGGGUCGCAAUAUACUCAACAUCAGCCUACAUCCUGUGCUAUUGCUCGAAACUCGUAUUGUACAAAUUGAUCGCUACAAAGAUUUACUACUCGUGUCCACGCUCUCAAAGUGUGUGCUUUGCAAUACGGCCCGCGAGGAAUUCAAGCAAAUUGGCAAUCGCCCAAGGGACGGCCAGUACGGGGCGUCGUUCGUAAUCGCUCAACCGAACAGCACUGCCACAACACCGUCGCCGCCGCUUAUGAUCGUCGACGAGGAAGAUGUUCGCAUUUUCUGUUCCCGACCGGGAAGCCGUCUUUGGGAGGCCGAUCUCGAGGGGAACGUAAUUCGCACGCACCAGUUCAAACGGCGGCCCGGCGAUCACCAGCUCAAGCGCUUACAGGAAACUGAUCUUGAUCUACCACCCGGCGUGGAUAGCACAAUGAUGGUUGUUCCGUUUCAAGUGCUGUACUCCAUUCGCCGCCAGCUGCUACUGGUACAUGAUCGCACCCAGUUGCUCAUAAUCGAUCCGCUGCACUCCAAGAUCGUCCUGCGUACAGACGAAUUUUCCGACAUCACGCACGUGGCAGUGGUCCACGAAUGGAUCUAUCUGCUCACGGGAGCCAAUCGGCUUUUUCAAGUACGCGUUGAGAUUGCGGGAGACGACGAUGAUGCGUCACCAGUGCUGGCAGAUGAUGACAGUAUUUCGCAUGAGUCAUCACCUCAACCGACAUUGAACCACCGGGUGGAAAAGCAGCCAAAGCAACAGGGCGUCUAUAUACUGGAGAGUAUGCUCAACAACAACGGUAAACAGAUGAAUGGGAAGGAAUCCCCUUUGUUGCUUUCUACCGAGGCGACCAUUAAGGAGGCCCUGGUGUCGGUGGUGCGGGGUAAAUAUGGCCGCAACAUUAAGCAAAUGUUUAUGGGAUACGAGCAGCAGGCUCAACGGAAUACGCUCAACGUUCCGGAGCGUCCGAAAACGUUGCAUUUAACAAAAAUCUACGAACCCAGUCGCAACAAUACCGGGUACAGCAAUGGAGCCCAUGCUUUACUGGCCGAACUGGGCAUCGAAGCCGACGAUGGAGGGUGCGACACUCCAACUGGUAAGAUAACCCCCGACGAGGAACUGGUACGCACGCGCACCGCCAGCAAGACGACGUCCGCAGCGAACGGCGCAACACCGACGAUGGGUGGAAAGAAAAAGUUUUCAACCUCGCUACUCGAAGGGUACGAAACGACGGAAGACGAUGCGACGGUGAGAAACCUUUAUCUCAUCUACCGAUCGUCGAUCAUUAGUAAUCUGAACUUUGCCGAUCGUUACGCCAAAAUAUUCGACGACUAUGGUACGGAAACGAUCGUGCGUUUGCUGCGCAAACUUGAGAAGUUGAUGGCCGAAAACGAGGAACCAGACGCACGGCUCAAGUGUACGCGCAUAUAUUUUGACUAUCUGAAACCGGAGCUGCUCUGGGAGAUCGAUCUCGAUUCGCGACAGUUCAUCAAGGAAGGAUUUAUCGUGUGUAACACGAUGGACGAGGAGACCUGCACAAUUUUAAAUCGCCUAGAAUGCUGUAACGCAUGUGGGUUUUACUUGCGUGCAACCAGCACGUGCCAUUACCGCGAGAUCGGAAUAAGCCUAAUGCGGUACUUUUGGUCGCGCAAGGAGUACGAAGAGUGUUUCGAGCUGGUGAAGCAAGUACCGCAUCUGUGGCGCACCGUGACACGCUACUACAUCCAGGACCGACGCCGGGAUAAAGUGGUCGCUUGCGUGUGGAACCUCGCCGAUCGCGAACUGUUUGAGCGAGCCGCAGGAGAAAUGUUCGAAGGGCGCCAUUGGAAGGAGCUGUUCGAGCUUGUGCUUGCCUUCUAUCAGCACAAUGAACUGGUCUGCCUGAACUGCGGCAAACGGUGCAGCGUUACCGGGCAGCCCCCCAAUAACGACAAUAGUGCAAUAAACGACGAUCGACGGGCGCACGAAGAAUUCAGCUUCCGCCAGUGGAACUAUCUGCUGGAGAUUGCCCUUGAACACCUGGAACCGGUGGAAUUGUUGCAAUUGCUCAGUAACUAUACCAAACACAUUCCCAGCGGUGCAAUAAGUACCAGUUUCUACGUUCGCUGUCUGUUGCUGCAGGCCAAGUAAGAGGUUCCCAUCGGCCUACAAAACGUGCUAUAAACGCUUGCGAAAGGGGAAGUGUCUUGAGAUGUGGACCGUAACACCACCCCCGGCAUAUUGUACGCUUAGCGCUGGCGUUAUUCGUACAUUCGAAGGUAACGAAAAGAAAAUUCUGCCGCUUUCUAGCGCCGGAUCGGCCGGCCGCUUGCCCAUUAACGUUCGUUCGAUGUUAGAAUGCUGCACUGCUUCUGUCGAUGGUAACACCGGACGGCCGGAACCAGUUACUACACACGCUAGGCCAAGAGUCAUUACCGCAAAAGAUGGCAACCGCAAAUACUGUAUUGAAAGUGAAGGCGAACUCA